UUUUAAUUUUUAUUGUUUAUUCCUCAAGUGGAUUUAAAAAUUAGUUAAUUCAACUCUUCAGUUUUGUCAUCAUAGUUAAACUUCAUUUCUAAUUUAUGAUUACAGCUCAAAUCAUUUACAUGUUUGUUGACAGCUGUAUUUAAUUUUCUCAAUCAUUAUGUUUCAACUUGUGUAGUGAAUUGGUUUCAAAUGGAGGAACCAAAUUGGUGUAACAAUUGGAAAUUUGUUGUUAUAUUUUCAUGGAGAUAAAUUUUCAACUUUUUUCUUAAUAAUUUGCUUUCUUGAAACAAACCAUACAUAUUAUUUUUAAAGAUGUUUAACAAAAUUAAAGGAGCCUUUAUUAAUGCUGUUAAUAAUCUUGAUGGACAAUUGGAUCCUAUUGCAAUGUCUAGUGAUCCAUAUGUUGGCUCUUCUCGAUCCGGUGAAAGUGCAGCUCUUGGAAAGCCAAUGUUUGCUUUACCAUCUAAUUUAAAGCGUAUCAGCAAAGGACCUGUUCUAAAAUAUAGAUAUACAAGACCACAUUUUCUUCAGUUGAAUUCAGACGAUGAAAUACAAGUUUCUGCUGACCAAAUUAUACGACCAAUCAUUGUUCCUCGUGAUAUUGCUAAACUUUCAUGGAACUCUGGCUAUGCUGAGGCUGUGAAUGCUGGUAAAAGUCAGCGUAAUGAAGAUCAAGCCGCUAUUCAUAAAGGUUUGCUUCGAGCUGUCAUAUCAAAAGAAGUGAUUCAAAAUAAAAUUGCUGAUAUGAUCUCUAUCAGAAAAAUCUCAGUUAGACCAGCUUAUAAAAUGGCUCCGAAACCUGUUUCAGCACCUGUCUCUCAAAAUAUAUCAAAAACUUCAGAUGCUGCGACAAAAAAGAUUGGUAAUAUUAAAGAAGAAAAUUUACCAACAAUCGACAAUUCUCAAUCCGACGAAGUUAAGCCUUCAAUAGUCAAAGUUGAACCUGGAAUUGAAGAAGUAACGUCUACCGAUAGUAAUGUUUCCGAGGGAUCUCUGUUGAACGGAACUCCGGAUGACUUAUUAUCACCAUCAACUCCUUUACCAUUUUCCUCCAUCUUACCAGCUGAAUCAGAACCAAUUCCCACUCUCGUCGUAUCUUCUAUUGCUCCUUCAGUGGACAAAGAUAACCUAUCACAAGUCGAAGAUUCAUUACCAUAUGUCUACUUUGGUUUGUUCGAUGGACAUGCCGGCUCUGAUGUUGCGGUUGCUGCUGCCUAUAGGCUCCAUAAAAUCGUUCAUGACAAACUUUCAAGCAUAGCAGAUCUUCUUAUUACUUUUGGAAUCGAAGAAAACGCAUUCCAAGGCGAUGCUGAUUUGAAAUUUGCAACUGAAAACACCAAAGGUGUAAUAUAUCAACCAAGUUUUCCUCCAGACACGUACUUUUCUGUACAUGACCCAGUUAAAGAUAAAACAGUUUCAGUUGACAACCUAAUCUCUGGAGCUCUUGAAAAGGCAUUUUGGGAUAUGGACCAAGAGAUUGAAAGAGAUAAAAUUAAUUAUUAUAUGCGAGGAGGUUGUACAGCUUUGGUGUCUCUUUUUAUUCUCGGUAAACUUUAUGUUGCCAACGCCGGUGACAGUCGUGCUAUAGUUCAUAAAAAUGGGGAAGUAAUACCAAUGUCUUUUGACUUCACUCCAGCAUCGGAAAGAACAAGGGUCAAGUAUUUGGGUUUGUUGCGUCCUGACUUUUUAGGCAAUGAUUUUACUCAUUUAGAGUUUAUAAGACGUCCUCUCAGAAAAGAUCUUGGUAAAGAGUUGUUGUACAGAGAUGCAUACAUGUCUGGAUGGGCUUAUAAAACUGUUAAACCUGAAGAUUUGAAGAUUCCUUUAAUUCAUGGCGAAGGGAAAAGAAGUCGUGUUGCUGCAACAAUUGGUGUUACUCGUGGUUUUGGAGAUCAUGAAUUGAAAGCAGCACAUGGUGAUAUUUACAUUAAACCAUUCCUUACUUGUCAACCUGAAGUUAAAAUUCUCGAUCUCGAGACAGAAAACUUAACUGAUGCAGAUGUGCUCAUCAUGGGAACUGAUGGAUUGUGGGAUGUUACUUCCAAUCACAAAGCGGCUGAAAUUGUUCAAAAAGCAUUGGAUCAUUUUCCUGCUAAUGAUGUUCAACGGUUCAAGUAUAGAUAUAUUUCAGCAGCUCAGGAUUUAGUUAUGCAUUCUAGAGGCAAAUCCAAGGAUAAUGGAAGUUGGAGAACUCAAAAUGAAGAACCAGCAACCAUUGAUGACAUAAGUACUUUUGUGAUCCCUCUGAAACCUUAUCAACAAGAAUAUGUUAAAUGGAAAGAAGCACGAAGGUUGGUUCGAUCACAAAACGGUAAUCCUUCGACAAGUAAACCUGAUUCUUUAGGGGAACAAUUAGAGUCUACGAAACUUAAUCCAAAAUAAUCUCAGCAAUUUCUUUUGAGUACUUUCAAUCUUUCUUUUUAUUGAAUUAAUCUAAAGUUUGUUUCUUUUUAUAAUUUGUGCUCUUGAUUAUUUAUUAUGGCUAUUCAUUUAAAAUUUCAAUCGUUUCUCAUAUCCUAAUCACUUGUUCAUAUUUACACAAUUUAAUAGGUUUUCUUUUCUACUUGUAAAUUUAUUUUCUACCAUUGAUUGGGCUCACUUUCCACAUGACAUUACCUCACCUCAGCCGUGACUUUGUUUUCAAAAAUAACCAAACAUUUUCAACGAUCUUUAUAACUGUUUCAUUGCAAUAAUUGGACAAUUUUGCGGCUAAAAAUCGUUUGAAAUUUCACCAAAUUUAUUUGCUAUUGCGAUAAUUACAAUCUUAAAGUUAUUCCCACAGUUAUUGUGAUUGUCUUACCAACUGUACUCAUAAAUUGAUCAAUUCAAAAUGGCAAAUCCAUGAUUUAAAAGUUUAGUUUACCAAGUAUUUAAUAUUUUCAUAAAUUAUAUCAAUCCGAAUUCAAUUAUCACAACUGUAUGUAAUUAAAAGACACGAAUGCUAGCU